GUAGGGAGGCGGCUGAGCGAGGUCGUCGGGGUGGGAAGCUAGGGUUAGAGGCAACCGGUGAGGCCAGAACCCCGAGCGUGGUCGGUUGGAGCAAAUAUGUCUGUCCGGAGACACAUUGGGAAUCCUGAGUAUCUGACCAGAAGGAUACCACAAAACCCAAAGUAUCAGCAUGUCAAGUCAAGACUGGACACUGGUAACAGUAUGACUAAAUACACUGAGAAGCUAGAAGAGAUCAAAAAAAAUUAUAGAUACAAAAAAGAUGAGCUUUUCAAGAGACUAAAAGUUACAACUUUUGCCCAGCUGGUCAUCCAAGUUGCUUCCCUAUCUGAUCAAACACUAGAAGUGACAGCUGAGGAGAUUCAAAGGCUAGAAGACAACGAUUCUGCGACUUCAGACCCUGAUGCUGAACUCACUGCCAGGACCAACGGGAAAGGGAGCCCCGGGGAGCAGUCACCCAGCCCUGUCCAGUUCAUAAAUAGCGUGGGAGCGGGCGACUCCAGUCGCUCGACUCUUCAGAGCGUCAUCAGUGGUGUUGGGGAACUGGAUCUAGACAAAGGGCUAGUGAAGAAAGCAGAGCCCAACACCAAAGACAAACCUUAUCCCGACUGCCCCUUCCUGCUGCUAGAUGUGCGAGAUAGAGAUUCUUACCAGCAGUGCCACAUUGUUGGAGCUUACAGUUACCCAAUUGCAACUCUGUCUAGAACAAUGAACCCUUAUUCAAAUGAUAUUCUUGAAUAUAAAAAUGCCCACGGCAAGAUCAUCAUUCUGUAUGACGACGAUGAGAGGCUGGCCAGCCAGGCGGCCACCACCAUGUGUGAGCGGGGAUUUGAAAACCUCUUCAUGCUUUCUGGAGGUCUAAAAGUCUUAGCUCAGAAAUUCCCAGAAGGACUGAUUACGGGUUCCCUGCCAGCAUCUUGCCAGCAGGCCCUUCCUCCUAGUUCUGCCCGGAAACGAUCCAGCCCCAAAGUGCCGCCUCCACCAGCUGAGAAUAAAUGGAGAUUUACCCCGGAAGACCUAAGAAAGAUAGAAUACUACUUGGAAGAGGAUCAGGGUCCUGCAGACAAUCCUAGCCGGCUGAGCCAAGCUAAUGCUUCCGGAAGAGACUCCAAGGUUCCAGGCGCCCGCAGUAUCCGCAGCGGUCAGAACCUGCCCGCAGGGGGCCCUGCCAGCCACCCGAACCCCCGCUCACUCGGCAGUGGCCACCUGCAAGGCAAACCCUGGAAGUAAAGACUUUGUCUGUCUUAGUCAAAUAAAUGUUUUCUCUCCUUCUAGAACCCUUGA